UGAAACAGCUGGCAAUGUAAGAAUUGUGCAAUAAGCAGAAGGCUUUUAUUUGUAAAUAUUAUAAAUUAAACCAAAUAUAAAAAUGACAACCAUAAAAGUGAAAAACUUGCUUGCCAUUAGCGCCACAGCCUUAGGCGCCUUUUAUUUGGGUUCUUACACAGAACGUCGGCUGCGCGACGAAAAUGAAUCUUGUCAACAGAAAUUCGCACGUUUACCCGGAUUUCCAGUUUUUUCAACCGUUUCCGCCGCUGCGCUGAUACCUGCCAACGAAGUAAAUCUGACCGCCAGGCCGUCGCGCAUAGCAGAAAUUAUGAAAUACGGAUUUCCCGGCAUGGAUAAUGUACGCUCCCAUUCGGAUUAUGUACUCUCCUAUGACAGACGCAAUCGUGUGCCUCACUGGGUCUUCGAGCAUCUGACCGCCGAAUCGGUGGCCAAAAAUGAUCAAGUUGAUCGAGCAAAAUGUGAUUUCAGGCAAGACGAAAGCAUUCAUCCGUUCUUUCGGGCACAGAACACCGAUUACCGUCGCUCCGGCUACGAUCGUGGUCACAUGGCCGCCGCAGGCAAUCAUCGACUGCAUCAGAAGCAUUGCGAUGAUACCUUCUUGCUCUCCAAUAUGGCUCCACAGGUGGGCCAAGGCUUCAAUCGUGAUUCCUGGAAUACGCUCGAGAUGUAUGUGCGCAAGCUAACGCAAACACAUACAAAUGUUUAUGUCUGCACGGGACCACUCUAUCUGCCACACAAGGAGAACGACGGAAAGUCGUAUGUAAAGUACGAGGUAAUCGGUGCCAAUACUGUUGCUGUGCCCACCCACUUCUUCAAGGUGAUUGUGGCUGAGGCAGCGGACAAGAAGCUGCACAUGGAGGCCUACGUGAUGCCCAACCAGGUGAUCAGCAAUGAUACACCACUAAAAGUGUUCCAAGUGUCACCAGAGACGGUGGAACGCUCAGCAGGUUUGCUCUUCUUCGAUAAGAUAAAUCGGCAGCAGCUGGCGAGCAUAAAUGGAAAGAAGGUUUAAAAGUAGUUUAGUUAAAUGUUUUUUAGUGAAUUGUAUUUUUAGUUGUUGAAUUUUUGUUUCUUUUCCAAAGAAUUGUGUUCGAUUAAUAAACAGUAAACAAUUAAUACAGAGUUA